AUGCCUAACCUGCCCUCGCCCUCGGCCGCCUCGAAAAAGAGACCUCAUCCUUCCGGCACCCCUCCAGCCGAACCCGACCCCGCCAAUUCCAACCCCUCGCGUGAUACCCAGAACCCCUCCGCCCUCCCGUCCACCCCCCCUAACUUAACCGCGACUCUCGCCUCCUCGGCCGCCUCAUCCUCCUUUCGUAAUGUAUCAGCCUGUAAUCGCUGCCGCCUCCGGAAGAACCGCUGCGACCAGCGCCUCCCGCGAUGCCAGUCGUGCGAAAAAGCCGGCGUGCGCUGCGUCGGCUACGACCCCAUCACCAAGCGCGAGAUCCCACGCAGCUACGUUUAUUUCUUAGAGACCCGGGUGGCGUAUCUCGAAAAGCAACUAGCCGAGCACAAUAUCGCGUUCAAACGGGCCGUAGCCUUUGACGAGGAGGAUGCCGUGAAGACCGAGGCAGGCAGCGAGGCCGGCAAUGGCCAAACCGAAAACCAAGAGAAAUCGCAAUGGCAGACAUCCAAACUGAAAGACGAGCCCGAACAGCGCGGAGAAGGCGAGACUGCGGUCCCUGCCGACAGCGACGAUCCAAGGAGCGAGGAAAACUGGCGUUUGCAUAACUUGGUGUCGAAUAUCGGUAUGGUCUCUGUGCAGGAACAUCGGAUCCUCGGUAUCUGGGAUCGACGUCGGGGAUUUCCUUUGCUCGGGUCGUUUUCGCCGCUCGAGCGGUUGCCGCAGACCGCGGCGCCGGGGCCUGGUGCGAGCACGAUGCGUGAUUCGUUCUUUGGGCUGCAGACGAAGCCGAUGAUGAAACGUGCGUCGUUCCCGGAUAGGGAGCUGGCGGAUCGAUUGGUUGAGCUCUACUUCGAGCAUGCGAAUCCACAGAUGCCCAUUCUGCACCGGGGCGAGUUCAUGGAGCUCCUGGAUAAAUCGUAUACGCUGGAUGAGAAGAAUCGGUCUCCGCGAGCUCUCUACAUACUGAAUAUCGUAUUUGCUAUUGGCGCGGGAAUUAUCUUCGAUGAUAAGCCGCCGAGCUCGGAUGAUGAAGGUGUUGCUGGCCGUGAGGGAUCCUCUUCUACAAGCAAGAGACCAAGGCUAUCAAGCCAUCAGUUCCAACCAGAGGAAUACCAUGCAUCCGCAAUCGUCCAUCUGGAGUCUUUCCUAGGCUCUUCGUCAAGUGAAGGCUUCGGUGGACUGGAAGAGCUCCAGGCUGUUCUUCUCUUGGCGAGCUUUGCGCUGUUAAGACCAGUUGCCCCGGGUCUGUGGUAUAUUGUUGGUGUGGCGAUGCGCCUGGCCGUUGAUUUGGGUCUUCACUACGAAGACGGCGUCGGCUUCGAGUCUUCAAAAGACGGGAACCAAAUACAGCCCCGCAUUGAUGCGCAUGAGCGCGGACGCCGCGAAUGGGUGCGUGACCUUCGCCGCCGACUUUGGUGGUGUGUGUAUAGUUUCGAUCGACUGGUGGCGACCUGUGUGGGACGGCCAUUUGGCAUCAAUGACCAGGCGAUCAGCACAGAGUUCCCAUCGAUGGCGGACGACAAGUACAUCACUAAAUCCGGUUUGCUGACGCCCCCUGACGGCGCUCCUUCCUACAAGCAUGUUGGCUUCCACUAUUUUAAACUCCGCCUCUUACAGUCGGAAAUCCACGACGUGCUGCAGUACCAGCAAACGCGAGCCGUGCGAAGCCGAGCACCAAAUAGCGCGGUCAUCCUUCCCCAUGCCGAGCUCACCUCCCCCUUCCUCCAGGGAUUCGAUUCUUUCCGAUCCUGGCGUCAUGAUGUACAUCGUCGCUUGGUGGAGUGGAAAGAGACUGCCCCAACGCGCGCCGAUACAGGUGUGCGGUUUUCCAUUGAGCUGUUGGAAUUGAAUUAUUGGCAAGCUAUUAUUCUCCUUUACCAGCAGAGCUUGACGGUGCCUGCUGAGUUAGCCGGGGAACUGACUCCUGCUGAUGAUGUGUCCAGCCCUUCAUUUUCCAACUUUGAUGAAGGUGACGACGAAGACCAGGUCUAUCUCAAUGUUGCGGAGGCUGGUCAGAAGGUGAUUCGAAUCUAUCGACAGCUUCAUCGGGUGCGGCUUGUGAACUACACGUAUCUCGCUACCCACCAUACCUUUAUGGCUGGCAUCUCUUUCUUAUAUGCCAUCUGGCACUCGCCGCUUGUUCGCAGUCGCUUGACCCUUGAUGAGGUAGAUUUUACGGUUCUCGCGGCAACAUCGGUAUUGGGCGAUUUGAUGCACAAGUGCCCUCCAGCUGAGGCCUGCCGCGAUGCGUUCGAGCGAAUGUCUAAGGCCACCGUCCAGAUGUGCUUAUCAACAACCGGGUUCGGAUCACAGGUUGACAUGACCCGUGGGGCCACUAGAUCCCAUGUACCAGGGUCUCUUCAUCCUGGUCGUCGCCAGCAGGCUGAUCAGCGGCAACGGCCCGGAUAUGCUCAAGGACGGCGCAUUACACAAAGCCGGCCCUCGCGACCGGUUCCUAAGUUUGACAUGAAUUUAGCGGAUCUCUUCAGCGAUAAUCCUUUGGCUGAACGUCCACAUCCUGAUAGCAGACAGGGCACGCAUCCACCCUACUCGGCCAUAUGGCCAGCGUACUCCGUCUAUGGAGUACUUCUCAAAUACGAGAACCCUGGAUCGCCCCAACAACAAUCCGUUCCUCAAUUCUACUAUGCAACCUCGCCACAGCAGAGUGGCGGCUCUCCAGGCUCUUCUGCAAACAGGCCGCGCCCUGUGGUGCCAACUGACCCCGAAGGUCAGCACGGACUUUCUCUCGACUUCUUAGACUUCACAUCCGGCGACCAGGAGAAUCGAACCAUGAACGCAGAUCUAAAUGCAGACUAUAACAUGGCGUCGAUGCCAAACCUUGGUCAAAACGUGGGCAUUGAUUUGGGAUUCGGCAUGGCUAUGGAUUUCCAGCAUGAUUGGAGUGAAAAUCCAAAUUAUGAUCUCUUAGAAGGAUAUUUCUUUGGCGGGUCUGGACCUGGCGCAUCUGGCGGCGAUGCUUGA